AUGAAAUGGAUUUCAUGUGUUGUUACUAUUACAGUUUUCUGGACUACUGCCGUUCCCACUGUUGGUAAUCUAUGUGGCAAUCGUACGUUCUGUCGAAUAUCCGAACUAGACAUUACCUCAACAGCGGAAGUAUUGAACGUUCUAGGGAAGGAAACAUCCAUCACCUACAUAACCAUUGAAAUACAGCGACUCAUAAUGGGUUCUACGACGUUUGCUACACUAUUAGUCAAAGCAUCAGUUCUCACCAGCAACUUGCUGUUCAAGAAAUAUCACGAAACGAUGCUAUUUCUUCCCAGUUCACACACUCUAGAAGUAUUAACGCUUCACCAAGCACGUAAACUGCAACUGAUUACUAUCCAAACUAACAGGCAUCUUAGACAGCUCGAAAUAACUCGGUGUGCCAUUUCGAUUGUCCCACCUUCAAUUAGCAACUUACUGUCGUUACGUGAGCUACGGUUAAAGUUCUGCUCCAUUAAAACACUAAACCUGGCAUUGCUCGCUACCUUAAAGUACUUGGAAACGGUACAGCUUGUGGGUAACAGCAUAGGAAGCAUUUAUGCACCGCAAGCUGCCAUCGUGCAGAACAUCCGCAGGGUCGACUUAUCGUACAACAAGUUACGCCAGCUAGAUAUGUCAGUAUUCAGUACCUUGAAGUUGGUGAACAAUCUCAAUCUUGCAAACAACCAGAUAUCUACAAUCGAUUAUCCACCAGGUCGAGUGGUGACACUACCACGUCUGACUUCGCUCUCUCUUGCAAACAACCGGAUAGAGAAAAUGUCCUUCGUUCAGCUGAAUGCAUCCAAUUUGGAGUUUUUGGUACUUUCAUUUAACAGGCUAGCAACCAUUCCGGAGCAUAUUGGCAAGUUUGCUAACCUCAUACAGCUAGCGAUCGCCAACAACGGGCUCGAUUUGUUCAACUUCACCAUCCUCCAACGAUUAAGUAAUCUGCAAACGCUAGAAUUGCAAAACAAUCGUUUACGAAGCAUCGAUCUGCCUAGAGAGGUACUGCUGCCCAGUUUGAAUCAGCUGUCACUGUCGAACAACCAACUGAAAAGUGUGGCUCUUGAACAGUUGAUCGCUCCACGGUUGUCCAUCAUAGAUCUGAGCAAUAAUCGUUUGCUGGUGAUACCGAACGUGUUCGAGAAAGACAUCAGGCAGUUGCAGUAUCUGAAUAUUAUGGAUAAUCCUCUGGUCUGUAGUACAUAUGAGCAAUAUAGGAAAUAUAUUCGUGCAGGGAUCAUCAUUCCGAAAUGGUUAAAGCAACAUGAGGACCUUUGCUCGACAGGAAAAUAUUUCAUUCUAAACAAAACCAAACGCGCUUGUUGUACAACCUAAACAAAUAUAAAUAAAGCAAUUUGUAAUAGGAACUUCGGUUAAUAGCUUCAUCGAGAAUCUGUCCACGGUUAUCACUGCUGCAAAUAUGAUCAGUAUUACAGCUCAAAUCUAUUCUGCGAGCCCUAACCUAACCGUGUAGUCGUUGAGCGAUAAGAGCUGUGACUUUCGGUCGAUCCUGACCACGAUUUCUUCAGAACUCGAAAAAUCACAUCUCGCACAGUUCUUGAAUCAGUUGAACACAUCUUAAAAGAAAGAAAGUCGGGAUCCUAGCGGUAGUAUGACAAGAAGCGAUCUAAUCCAAACGAAUUUCUGCAUUUGAACAUUCUCUUUGUAAAAUCUUUGUAACAUUCUCUACUGGUAAUAAAAUUAUUCAAAUAUCUAUAUAUCUGCACAUUUUAGUCAGUUCCCAUUUCUUGACCAAUCAUAAUGUGUUUAAGCAAAAGCUCUAACAACUAUGCUCCAUUCCAAACCGAAAAUAUCUUUACAGGUUUUUCCCACAAUGCAAGUGGGAUUCGCCUAGAGAAAAAUGCCCACGGGAAAUGGUCAGGAUCAAUAAUUUCUAGACACGCGAAAAACCGGUUCCGAACACACACAAAAACUGAGAACGUUGCGUGUCGUGCGCUAAUGGAAACGCACCUACGAAAUGCGUCAACCAAAGCUACGGAAAUUCGGUGUUGGAAAGGUCGCUGGUUUAGUUCUGUUGUACCCCGAAACGAAUGGUAAAGUCAUCAUUUAGUUUAAUCAGGAUAUCAGCAAACCCCCAAACUAGCGGGUUGAGCUCGGCGUCGUAAUGGAUAUUUCAGG